CACUUGACAGGGUGUGGGUGAAAAGUGAUUACAAACCAUUUCGUUCUAUUUUUAUCCAGUAAAAACAAAGCGAAACAAUGACAACAAUUUCAAGCAAACAACCAAAAAAGGAGCAACAGUCUGAGCAAUUCAAAUUGCCACAGCAGCAAAGGGUGAUGAGAGAGGAGCACCAGAUGAAGGAGCAAAUCCGCAAGCAAGAGCAGGAGAUAGAAAACCUGCAGAAGGAGCAAGAGGAUUUGAAAAAGAAGCUCACUAUCUCUUUGGAAGUUCCCGGACAAGACCCUACUUUGUUGAAGAAGUGCGAUGAUAUAGAUGAGAAGAUGGAAAUAGAAAUACAGACUCACAAAGCCUUGGAAAAAGAGAUUGCAGAAAUGAGGUUGAAAGUGGAUGAGCUCAAGGAGCGAGAAAGGAAGAGGCCUGACAUCCAGAAGGCUAUGAAGAGCUUGCAAACCGCAAAUGUCAAAUUGGACACGGUGAAGCAAAACUUCAAUAAGCAACGAGUCGAAAACGAGGGCCUGCGAGAGGAGCUGAGGCUGAUUUACAAUGAGCAUCUCAUAUUUAAAGACGAAAUGAACAAUCUGAAGAAGGAACUGGAGGAGGUCUGCACCCAGACUGAGAAAACCAUCAAGGAGACAACUGAUGUCGAAAUUGAGAUGGUGAAAGCUGAUGCCAAGUUGAUGGAAAUGAUGGCAAAGCAAGAGAAAGACAUUGCCGAAUACACAAAUCAGAUGCAUGAGCUGAACAUUGUUAUUGCACAUCAGACAAGGCUGACAGACUUCCUUGAAAUCAAGAACAGGAAGAGGGCCUCACAGGUGGACGUCCGUAGGGAGAAGAAAUUGAUGAUGCUGAAGAUGGAUCUGGAGAGGGAAACAGUGUAUCUGGACAGUCUGAGGGACGAGUAUCAGGAGAUCCUUGCAGUGUCAAGAGAAGACGACGUGGACGCUGCAAUCACCAAGUUCGGCAAUGAGGAGAAACAAGGCUUUCUACUCCUCAUUGAUGUAAUGCACCAGCAAAAGGAGAUUCUCGACCUGAGGAAGGAAAUCAAAGAGUUAAAAAACAAGCCGGACCACCGUGACCAGAAAGAUCUGCUGGACCCGGAUUGUGUCUUGAACAAAAGCCUUGAGGAGGUUGAGUCCCUCGCUAAGUCCAACCAAGACCGCAGCAGUGCCAUAAUCAAAUUCCUGGACGACAUCAUGCCAGGAGUGGAUCAUGCCUGCUCUGUACUGGAGAUUCAGCCCACAGGGGACGGGGUCAUGCUGGAUCAUUACGAAAAAAUCAUCCACUAUCUGGGUGAGGUGGAGGAGAAGACUACUGAGAUGCUCGCCAUUCAGCAGUACCUCACUACUAAGUAUCUGGACGAGGAUGACAACUCUGACGAUGAUACUCAAAUUCUUCUGGUUGAGGAUCCAGAGCUGCUUCAGCCGAAUACCAGUGGCAUACACGUAAUUGAAAGUGAGGAGGAUUAUGAUUUUAGUGAGGAUGAGCAGCCACUUUCACUGGAAAGUCUCAUCAAGCAAGUAAAGGAAGAUAUGCAGAAGGAGAUGACUGCAGAUGAGAAGGCAAAGGCCAAAACUCCAAAGGCUGAGACUCAAGAGCUGAAGCAAAUGGAGGAAGAGCAGGGGUACACUUUGUUCAAGAGAGAAAAGUCAAAGUGUCCAAAUACCGUUGCUCAGUGGAACAAGCAAUUAGAGAAAGAGAGGGAGAAGACUGCAGUUGCGGAGGCUAGAGGGCAAAAAUUAAAGAAGCGGACCAGUGUUGAUAGAAAAGAGGCAAAGAAGAAGCAGACCAAGUGCUGAUCUGAUAAUGGUCGAAGUACAAGUGGGUCCUGAGUAGAGGGCUGCAUUGGGAUUGGGUCCCGCUGGAUCCCGCAAAUCUCGCGGGAGCGGGCAGUUUGAACUUUGCUGCAAGCGUUGUGUUUUCUCCUGCGGGAUGGGAGAAAAUCAAUACAUCUCUAUUGUUGUGCGGGCAUAAAUUCUCAGAGUUUUGCGGGUGCAGGCAGGAGUGGACAUACACAUUGCGGAAACGGGUGGGAGUGUAACACUAACGUUGCAGUUUUGGGCGGUAAUGGUCAGAAAUUCUGCGGGAGCAGGAUGAAGAAAACAGUCCCGUGCAGGGCUCUAGUCCUGAGAUCCAAUCACUCAGCCUAUCCUGAUCAUGACUACCUACUCCGCUCCCACUCACUAUCUAUCUAUCUAUCUAUCUAUCUAUCUAUCUAUCUAUCUAUCAUCUAUCUAUCUAUCUAUCUAUUGCACCUUUCUCUCUUUAUCUAAAAUAAAAACAUAACAUGUUCCACAACUCUACUUACAGACUGCAGUGUAUUUGCAGUCAGUAAACACACACUAACUAACUCGCUAUCACAACAAGGUCGACAAGACAGAACUGCUUCAAUAAAACCGUUACAUGCAGCACAUUUAUCUGAGAUCUGCCUCAUGCUUCAAACGGGUCGCGUUAACCGAAUAUUUUCCGUCAUUGACCGUUUUUUAAAAACGGUGACGGGAUUUCCUAUCGCUGAAGUGGCGCUUGUAACUCCAGUUUCCAGGGUGGCAGCAGAGCGCGGAUUCAGUCUCCAGAACAACAUCAAAACAGCCAUGAGAAGUCGCCUGUCCGAGGAAAAAGUCCAAAACCUCAUGACAAUAGCCUCUGCGGCAGUCCCACUUCAGACAUUUGAUUACGCGCAAGCGGGCACGCGA